AUGGCAUUCACUGGUUCGAAUCAUCCAUCUGGAGGGCAACCCCAUCCAGGGAGCUGCAAUGAUGCUCUAUACAAGGAGCUCUGGCACGCAUGUGCUGGACCUCUUGUUAGUCUUCCGAAGGAAGGGGAGAGAGUGUACUAUUUCCCACAAGGUCACAUGGAACAGCUUGAAGCUUCAAUGCAGCAAGGUUUAGAGCAUCAAAUGCCCAUGUUCAAUCUGCCAUCUAAGAUUCUGUGUAAAGUUGUUAAUGUGCAUCGCAAGGCUGAACCUGAAACUGAUGAAGUAUAUGCGCAAAUUACUCUGCUUCCAGAGCCAGAUCAAAGUGAGAUUACUAGCCUUGAUACUCCCCCACCUGAACCUGAGAGAUGCACUGUCCACUCCUUUUGCAAGACACUUACAGCUUCUGAUACUAGUACCCAUGGAGGGUUUUCAGUUCUUCGAAGGCAUGCAGAUGAUUGUCUACCUCCACUGGAUAUGUCCCAGCAGCCACCUUGGCAGGAAUUGGUUGCCACAGAUCUCCAUGGCAAUGAAUGGCAUUUCCGUCACAUUUUUCGAGGUCAACCCAGGCGCCACUUGCUAACCACUGGAUGGAGUGUAUUUGUUAGCUCGAAAAAGUUAGUGGCAGGCGAUGCCUUCAUCUUCUUGAGGGGGGAAAGUGGAGAGCUUCGUGUUGGAGUUAGGAGGCAUAUGAGACAACAGACAAACAUGCCAUCUUCUGUCAUAUCAAGUCAAAGUAUGCAUCUAGGUGUUCUUGCGACGGCUUCACAUGCGAUUGCAACUGGAACUCUUUUUUCUGUCUUCUACAAGCCAAGGACAAGUCGGUCCGAGUUCAUUGUAAGUGUUAACAAAUACCUUGAAGCUCGAAACCACAAGCUAUCUGUUGGAAUGAGGUUUAAGAUGAGAUUUGAGGGCGAGGAAGUUCCAGAGCGAAGGUUCAGUGGCACAAUUGUUGGUGUUGGGGAAAACUUAUCAUCAGGGUGGACUGAUUCUGAAUGGAGAUCUUUUAAGGUCCAAUGGGACGAGCCAGCUUCAAUUUGGCGACCAGAUCUAGUAUCUUCUUGGGAACUGGAGCCACUUGUUGCAACUGCUCCUUCAAACUCUCAACCAAUGCAUAGGACUAACAAGCGGUCACGGCCAUCCAUUUUGCCUUCACCGAGUCCUGACCUUAAUGCCCUUGGCAUGUGGAAAGCACCUGUUGAGCCCUCCAGUCACUCGCAUCUUGAUUCACAACGAGGAUCCCUAUAUCAUUCACCCACUUAUCCUGUUAAAACAAUGGCAAACUCAGCUGGCUUCAGUGGGAAUAGUCCAUUAUCUGCAGUUACCACCACUUCGUCAAUGUAUUGGCCUAAACAGGUGGAGGGUGUUACAGAGUCUCUUUCCCCAGCCGUUAACAGAAUUUCUGGCGACAUGAAGCAAGGCUCAGGGAAUGGCUACAGGUUGUUUGGCAUUCAGCUGGUUGAUAACUGCAAUAGGGAGGAAACAUCACCAGUUGGCGCUGUUUCAAAACCAGGACAGGCCGAUUGCCCCAUUCUGUCACUAGAUGCUGAGUCUGACCAACAUUGUGAUCCUGAGAAAUCAAGUUUACGAUCUCCCAUGGAGUCACAUAGCAGACAGGUCAGGAGCUGCAAAAAGGUUCACAUGCAGGGGAUUGCUGUUGGAAGAGCUGUAGAUUUGACACAAUUUGAGUGUUAUGAUGACUUGUUAAGGAAGCUGGAGGAUAUGUUUGAUAUUGAAGGUGAGCUUAGCGGCUGCAACACAAAGAAAUGGCAGGUUGUCUACACAGAUGAUGAAGAUGACAUGAUGAUGGUUGGAGAUGAUCCAUGGCACGAGUUCUGUAGCAUGGUGAAGAAGAUCUUCAUCUACACAACAGAGGAAGUGAAGAAGCUGUCACCUAAGACAAAACUGCCAGCCAUGGAAGAGGUCAAAACAACCAGUGCCGAUGUUGACGUGGAUGCAUCAGCUCAUAUGGAGGAUCAGUCAUCCAUUAUAGGGUCCGAAAGCUGA